AUGUGUGAGCAGCAACGCUUGCUCGAGGCGCAUCUGAAAGUUGCUGAAAAGACAUCCUUUGACAGGCUCUCGUUGGUUAAACUGCAGAGGAUCACAGCGCUUCGGUCUACGCUGAACUCCAUGCUCACAUGGACAGCUAAGAGGGAGCUUCCAUUUGCAAGUCAAAAGCUGUUUGAGAUGGGGAUAAGUCGGGCAAGUGCCCCUGAGGAGGAGAAGCAGUUCCUGGUUCCGCCGUCAUUCAAGUUCGCCCGCAGCCUCUCUGUGCCGAGCGCUGAUGAGAUCCCUCCUCCUCCCACCACCGCUCCCCCCGACCCACCGUUCAACCUGCCCCAGCCCCGCUCCGGUCCCCCUCCCCCACCCCACUCCUCCGGCCCCGCCUCCGCCGCACGCUCGACCUUCAACCCCGCGGGCACCGCCGACGCUGCCAAGAUCUAUGCCAGCCUGCGGCACGAGCUGGCGGAGACGGGAAAGGUGGAGCUGAAGGAGCGGCACAAGAGGGACAAGGCGGGGGUUUACCGGCAAGACUCGGACCAACUGGCCGGAGCAGGGGGUGCUGGGAGCGGCGGGGGAGGGGGGUCAUCGUCUUCCUCCUCCACUUCGCAGCCGAACGCCCGGGGUCGGAGGGCACAGGCCACCGAGAGCCGCUUCAGCAACCCCACGGCCAGGGUGGUGAACACUGCCAUGUUUGUGCCCGCCAAGCCCGUGCGGCGGAAGGGGCUGCUGGUCAAGCAAUCGAAGGUGGAGGAUGAGCAGCAGCAGCAACAACAACAACAACAACAACAGCAACAGGACAAGACCUGCUCCAUCCCCAUCCCCACCAUCAUCAUCAAGGCCCCAUCAACCAGCAGCAGCGGUCGCAGCAGCCAGGGGAGCAGUAUGGAGGCCGAGGCCGGAGGGGAGCCUCCAGCUCCCCCACCCCCUCCCCCGCCGCCCGCGCCCCCUCAGGCCCGCGACAGCCUGGACUUCACCAGCCAGUUCGGGGCGGCCAUUGUGGGGGCUGCCAGGCGCGACCGGGAGCGCUACAUGGAGGCCCGCCGCAAAUCCGCAGCCUUCCUGUCCACGGAUGUGGCGGAGGAGCAGGGCGAGAGCGCGCCUCGCCUCACCCACUCCAAAUCCAUCGACGAGGGAAUGUUCAACAGCGCCGAGGCCUUCAUGAACAUCAUGGCAUCGGCCGGGCGGGGGACUCAUGCUUCGGCCUACGCUGAUCGCGGCCUGGCCUACGAGGCCCAGGCCACCAAGAGGCCCGGCCCGGCAGCCCCAGGCCCCGGCUUUAGUUUCGCCCCAAGGACCAUGGCCUUUGUCCACCCACUGACCGGUAAACUCCUGGACCCGGAGUCUCCCCUCGGCCUGGCACUGGCGGCCCGUGAGCGCUCACUCAAGGAGCAGCCCCGGGAGCCGGAGCUUGAGCCUUCGGUCUCCUCCGCGGCGGCGAUGGGGCCCAAGCCCCGGGCUGGCCAGAGGAAAGAGACCGGGGGUGCAGUGCGCCCCCCUCCCCCACCCCUCCGGGCUCAGAAGACGGAGGAGGCCGAGGCGAGGCCCCUGCCCAGGGCGGAGGCCGAAGGGCAGGCUGAGUACCGGGUGCGCUUUGUGGAGAGCACGCCCCUUCCCCCUCCCCCUCCGCGGCCACCCCUCCCGGAUCCCCAGGCCCUGCCCCUGACAGUCCUCCCCCCUUCCUCCUCCGCCGCCGGACCUGCCCUCGUGGAGGCUGGCAGCCUGCCCACGGUCGACUCGACGGGUUCCAGCCUGACCUCGUACGACAGCGAGGUGGCAACGCUAACACAGGCGCCCGCCAGCAAGGAGAACCACAUGGACUGCGGCGUCAGCGGCGAGGGGGGCGCUCUGGGCUCCGGGAGCAGCCGGGCGCCAUCGGCCGAGACCCUCCUGGACAACGUGGGCGACUCGGGCAUCGAGGAGGUGGACAGCCGCAGCGGCAGCGACCACCACCUGGAGACCAUUAGCAGCGUCUCCACCUUCUCCAGCCUCUCGGGUCUGUCCUCGGAGGGCAACGAGCUGCUCGACACCUACAUCGCCUACCUGGACGGCCACGCCUUCGCCGACAAGCCCCCCUUCGCCUCCCGGGUCAGAGGCCGCCCUCCUCCCCUGAUGGGGAGGGGGCCGGGCCCUUUGAGGGACCCCACCACCACCACCAGCACCAGCACCGUCUCCUCCACCGUCCCGCUCCCUCCCCCCCAGUCGGCGCCCGGGCCCCCCUUCCUGCCCCCCACGGCCCAGCCGCCACCCCCCUCCGAGCCCGCCCCCUGCCCGUUGGAGCGCCACGUGCCCCCGUCCAUGUGGGAGGAGGCUCCACACACCGGCCAGGCCUCCAACAUGGCGUCGAUGAAAGCCAGCAUCAUCAGUGAGCUCAGCUCCAAACUCCAGCAGAUGAGCGGCACCUCCUGGAGCCGCCAGCCCGACUCCGUGGGACCCCCGACGGCCUCCAAACCCGUGCUCCUCCGACACAGGAUUGCUGACGAUUCCAUGCUGGGAGCCGUAGCUCCGAAAGCCCCGCUGAGCAGCACAUUCCAGAACUGGCCCAAGACGCCCCAGCACAGCCCGAAACCCCCAAAGACCGUGGAGUUUGACAUCAAGCCCCCCAUGAGGAGAGCUCCCAGUCCCUCCAUGCCACAGGCCACUGAGCACAGAGUCAACCCGGGCACACCGCGCCCCUCCUCACUGCCCAUCCUGCCCUCGGUGGCACAGCCUGCGCCCCCCAUGGGCUACGACAUACACAGUGCCCCCACUUCAGUCGGGAACAGCUUUGCCAGCUUCCCCCCCGGUAGCCGGGCCCACUCACCCACCAGCAGCUUCCAGUCGCCGCCCCCUGUGCCCCCCGACAAGCCCUUCGCUGCCAAGCCCCUGGCUUUCUGGACCAAGUUCGACGUGGCCGAUUGGCUGGAUUACCUGAACCUGGGCGAACACAAGGAGCACUUCCUGGACAACGAGAUCGAUGGCAGCCACCUGCCCUCGCUGCAGAGGGACGACUACGUCGACCUCGGUGUGACCCGGGUCGGUCAUCGGAUGAACAUCGAGCGCGCAUUGAAACGGCUUCUCGAGAGGUGAUCGCAGAGAGAGGGGCCGCCCCUGGCAUAGGACUCCCCACCCCCAGGACACACCCCACCCCCAGGACACACCCCACCCCCAGGACACACACCCCA